GCGGUGGCCGUGGCGCUGGACGGCCGCUGCUGCGAGCCCGAGCGGCGGAGGGGCUCGCUGGGUUCGCCGCCGGCGAAGGGGAGUCGGCAGCAGCGAACAUGGCGGCGGCGGCGCUGUGGCGGAGCUGCGCGAAGCUAAGAAGAAACAUGCCAAUCUACUUGGCUUCUUGGAAGGCUCCUCCUAGUGUCUGUAAAUCAUCCAAAUCAGAAGCUAUGGCAAACCUAGCCAAUGAGCGGGUAGUGUGUGCUCCCCUUGACACACUUACAGAAGAAGAGAUGAUGAUGAAAGAAAUGGUGAAAAAAUUUGCUCAAGACCAAAUUGCACCUUUGGUAAAAGCAAUGGAUGCAAAUGCAGAAAUGGAUGAAUCUGUACUGCAAGGACUAUUUGAACAAGGGCUAAUGAGUAUUGAGCUUGGACCAGAGUAUGGAGGAACUGGAUCUUCAUUUUUUUCUACCAUACUGGUGGUAGAGGAAUUGGCCAAGGUUGACCCAGCUGUAGCUCUUCUGUGUGAACUCCAGAACACAGUUACGAAUAAAUUGUUUAUUACAUAUGGAACAGAAGAACAAAAGAGAACUUAUUUGCCCAGAUUGGCUAAAGAUUUGACAGGCAGUUUCUGCCUUUCUGAGGUUGGAUCUGGCAGUGAUGCAUUUUCUUUGAAGACUCAUGCUGAUAAGAAGGGAGACUACUAUAUUAUCAAUGGCUCAAAGAUGUGGAUAAGCUUUGCAGAACAGGCAGGAGUGUUUUUCGUGUUGGCAAAUGCAAAUACUUCUUUGGGAUACAAGGGAAUUACAUGCUUCAUAGUAGAUCGUGGCACAGAGGGCCUACAUGUAGAGAAAAAGGAAGAUAAACUGGGAAUCAGAGCAACUUCUACGUGCCCCGUAACGUUUGAAAAUGUUAAGGUUCCUAAGACCAAUAUCCUGGGACAGCUUGGACAAGGCUAUAAGUAUGCAAUUGGAAUGCUAAAUGUGGGCAGAAUAGGUAUUGCUGCACAGAUGUUGGGAUUGGCACAGGGAUGUUUUGACCACACAAUUCCAUAUGUAAAGGAGAGAGUCCAGUUUGGGAAAAGCAUAUUUGAUUUUCAGGGAAUGCAACAUCAGAUAGCUCAAGUGGCCACCCAGCUGGAAGCUGCACGGUUGCUGACCUAUAAUGCAGCCAGACUCGUAGAAGCAGGAAGGCCAUUCAGAAAAGAAGCAAGCAUGGCCAAGUAUUAUGCUGCCGAGGUUGCAACACUGACGACUAGUAAAUGUAUUGAAUGGAUGGGUGGAGUUGGAUUCACAAAAGAUUAUCCAAUUGAAAAAUACUAUCGAGACUGCAAAAUUGGUACAAUAUAUGAAGGAACUUCAAAUAUCCAGCUGAAUACAAUUGCAAAAUGCAUAGCUCAAGAAUACUGAAAACGGCAAGGACGUUGUGACUGUUCACACUGAAAUUUAGAAUCAGCAUGCCUCAUUGGUGAAAUCAAGGGUUACAUAUUUAUUCCAAAUUGUGUGUUUGUUUUUUUAAAAAAAAAACCCUAAUCGUGGAAUUUUAUCCCUAAAACACUUCUAAAACAGUGCAAUGAUUUAAGUGAUUGGGUUGUUUCAGACUGUACAGAUCGACAAAAGUAAACAAAGAAACAGGAGAUAAAUCCUCAGCCUGCUCUACUGGCACAAAAGGGCACAAAGACACCUGAAGGGGCAGCUGAUUUCCCCCAGGGCAGAGGUAUCAUUGGCUGGUGUAAAGCCAGCUAUAUGCCGUCUGGUGUGGUGAGAAUGGGUAGACUUGGAUAGUUCAGCCAUCCUUGCUACCUUUCUCCGGUGAGCGAUUCCUUUGGGGCCGCUACAGUUGAGGUUACUUAGAGCAGUCUUAGCCUAUUCUAAAUUAUAUCUGGCAGCUUGGCCCUUGGCAGUCCCUGGAUUGGGGAUCUUGAAAGGUGCAUUGGUCAAACUGGACAGUCUCUACGUAAAAAAAUAAAUGGACACAAAUCAGAUCUCAAGAAUGAUAACAUUCAAAAACCAGUUGGAGAACACUUGAAUCUCUUUGGUCACUCGAUUACAGACCUAAAAGUGGCAAUUCUUCAACAAAAAAACAUCAAAAACAGACUCCAACGAGAGACUGCUGAAUUGGAAUUAAUUUGCAAACUGGAUACAAUUAACUUAGGCUUGAAUAGAGACUGGGAGUGGAUGGGUCAUUACACAAAGUAAAACUAUUUCCCCAUGUUUAUUACCCUCCCCCACCCCCCAGACUUAACAUUCUUGAUAUUUAUGAGGUAAAACAAGCAGACUCGUGCAUGAUCAGAAAGAAGCGAAAAGCAUAGUGCCAUUUUUAUAAAAGUUAUUUGUAGGUCACUAUUGUGACUUGCCCAAGGCCACCAAGGGAAUCAGUGUAGGGAUUAGAAUUUGGGGCUUCAUUAUUGCAACGCUUGUGCUUCAACCCUGCACCAUUCCUCCCUUGGUUGAAGCUUCAGUUUUAAUGUGACUGCUUUAGUAGAGUGACUCUUCCAACAAAUGCUUAGAUUAGGGUGACAGUUGUCCCUUUGCUGAAGAGAACAAGUUUCAAGAUUCAUUUGAUCAAUGCCUUGGUGACUUUCAAGAGAAAAAAUUUCAAAUUGUUUGCAGACAUACUUCCAGCUAAACUAAAAGAAGCUGAGGGUACAGUUCAACUAGAAUUGAUUAUUUUAGGGCUUGUCUUCACAGCAACAGUUAGCUCAAAUACCCCACUCCAGCUAGCCUAGCUUGAGUGAGAGCAGCCACACUGUGAAACACUUGAGCUACACAGAUUGAUUGGCUUAGCAACUGAUGAGUUGUGCUAACAUGGUGAACUAUAGCCUAUAGCUGCAUCCCCACUUUAUUACUAGCUUGAGCAUCAGCAGUGUUUGAGCUUCAACCUGCACUCCCUGAUGGGCCAGCUAGUUGAAGUUUAAAGCACCACUGAACUUAAGCUAGAGAUUUGUAUGUUGACAGGAGUACCUGAAGCUAACACUGCGGUGAAGGCAAGCCCCUUAGUGCCGUGAUCCAAAUUUUGUGAGGAAAAAUAUUGAAUUUCUAUUAAGACCUGCUGUGGGACAGAUAUCAAGGGUUGUGUAAGAGGGCUACUCUUUGUAUGACCUCCCUGGAAGUAUGUCAUAUUGGUAAAGAUCCGCUUAAAGUGAUUUGGAAAAAUCAAAAUAUUGCAAUGUGCCUAACAGCCUCAAAUCUGCAUUCUGUUAUCCAUGUGGUCAUCUUGAAAAUUCAGCUAGCCAUCAGAUAGUUGAUUUUAGAGAAUUAAUGCCAGUCUUUCCAUUAACACUGAGACACAGAACAUGUUUGUCUACAGUGCUGUGUGCAGUUAUAUAAGUAAGUACAGAGCACUUUCCAAGAGAAACACUACAUAAAUGUGUAUUUAUCUAUAAAGACCUAAACAAAUUUGUGUGCAAAUUAAUUGCAGUUAUUGAGUUUCUGGCAAGAUGCCAUUAAAGCCUUUGCUGCGGCCAAAAAUGACAUACCACUGUCCUAAACACUAGUCUCCCAAGAAACGGACAGUGUCAUGUUGGGCCAAAUUAUUUAAUCUCCUUGAGUUAGAUUCCAUUGCUGCACCAGUGCAGACUCUGGUUUGGCAACUGAGUGGGUUGUGCCUUCUUGCCUGAGUCUUCAGGAAACUGAGUUGGCCCCGGGUGCAGGGUUAGGGCAACCCAUCAGGACUUCCCUAAGUUGCACCUCUGCUGUUAGCACUGCAAAAUAACCUGGGCAUAGGAUUGGCCCUCCUGUCUCCCGCAACAGGGAUCUUUUGAUGGGUUGCAGCGCUGCCUUUGUACCUCUUCAAGAAAGUCUGCCAUGCUGAGGAUGGGACUUACAGCUGCUUUUUAGCUUUGUUAUGUUGUUGUAAAGUGGCUUCAGUGCUCCUAUGAAUUCCCCCUUGUGUCUUCAGUCAACCCAGCUGAACAACUGCACUGAAAUCACAUCUUCAGUAACAGGAAUGUUGCACCUGUGCUUUCCUAGAUUAAAAACAAAUAUUGGGGUUGUUCUUAAAAAGUGCCUGUAUUUUUUAAAAUAUAAUACCUAUAUUUUGUAUCUGUUGUAGAGUCUCUAACAAUCUCAUUUUUAAUAAGGCAUUGGAACUAUGAAUUUUGUAACUUAUUGAGACUGAGCAGAAAAAUUUUGGUCAGAUUUUUGUGCACUAAUUACUCAUUCUUGUUAAAGCUCUGAGGCAGAUAUCAAGUUUAGGGCAUGGUUUCUGCAUGGAAAAAUAUUAAAAUAUGCUAUUUUAUGUGAUGUGUUCUGUGCUCUUGUUCUCAGUCAUAUUUUUCUUCAAAUGUCAAGACUCUGUACUGCUUCUGCAAAAUGACCUCUUGAACUUCACAAAAAGGAACAAAAAUAAAUAUUUGAUCCACUGUCUUAAAGGAA